CUAAUUCCCAUCCUUUUGUAAGCAAAAUACCCAAAUGCAAUUCUACAAGAAACGUAGAAAGAAGAAUGGAAAAACAAUCUCGGGAAUCAAGACCAGAAAAUCUAAACAUUCCAGUGAGGUUGAACAUGCCUUCCAUGGCGGACACAGCUCAUGUGCCUGCAAAUAUUUCCCCAACGUCCCUCGUUCAAUCCCUAAUUCAACAGUCUCGCGACAUUGCGGCCAUGGAAAAGCCAAAGAUGUUUCAAAUUCAAAAUGUGGCGACCAUUACCAGAAGAAUUAAGCUUCUUUCAGUGCUAUUCGAGGAGAUAAAAGACACAGACAUCCCACUGCCUCCCUCUGCAAUAUUAUGCCUGAGAGAACUUUCGAUAGUAAUACAGAAAAUCAAGCUUAUGAUAGAGGCAUGCAGGAAGCGGAGCUGUAUUUGGAAUCUCAUGGAAAAUGAAUCUGUGUCUUUGCAAUUGUAUGAAAUGACGAUGGAAAUCGUAAAAGCCCUAGAUUUUUUGCCGCUUCGGCUUUUGGAUGUGACGGCGGAUAUCAAAGAACAGGUGGAGCUGGUGCACAAUCAGGCCAAGAAAGCGAAACCCUAUGUCGAUUCAGAAGACGAGAGGCUCAGAAAUGAAUUAGUUGAACUAAUGAAGAGCUUUGAACAGAGAAGAAGCCCCGAUAUUUACAGGCUUCCCCGCAUUUUCGAACGUCUAGGGUUCAAAUCUCCGGCGGAUUACCAGGCCGAGCUAGGAAAGCUACAUGCAGAGGUAACAGUGCAAGCGGGGACCGGCGGGGUGGUCGUGGUUUCGACUCUCAAUAACAUAAUCGGCAUGCUUCUGUACGCAAAAUGCGUCAUUUUUGGGGUUGUGCAAGAAGAAGACGACCUGGCGCCUUGUUCUCCCAGCUUCUCCGAGGCCUCCAGCUCAGGAUUCACCGACGGCCGGCAAAAGCUCACAGUCCCGGACGAAUUCAAGUGCCCAAUUUCCCUAGAUCUGAUGAAAGACCCUGUAAUUGUAGCCACAGGGCACACAUAUGACAGGAUUUCAAUCUCCCAAUGGCUCGAAUCAGGCCAUUGUACUUGUCCUAAAAGCGGGCAAAAGCUUCUGCACCUUGGCCUCAUCCCAAAUUUUGCCCUGCGAAGCCUCAUAGCGCAGUGGUGCGAGGACAACGGCGUACCUUUCGAACUAAACGCUGGAAAUUCCGUCGGAAAACCAGGCAAAGAUCCCAUUUCCAGCAGCCAGGCUGCCCUAGAAGCCAUCAAAAUGACGGCAGCUUUUCUGGUCGGAAAGCUUGCGACGGGAUCACUGGACAUACAAAGGCAGGCAGCAUUUGAGCUCAGACUGCUCGCCAAAUCGGGCAUGGACAAUCGCCGGUGCAUUGCAGAGGCGGGGGCGAUUCCGUUUCUAGUUUCACUACUCCAAUCAAAAGACGCCAGAACGCAGGAAAACGCCGUAACGGCGCUGCUGAACCUUUCCAUUUACGACAACAACAGGACGCUGAUAAUGGCGGCCGGCGCGUUGGACCAAAUCAUCGAAGUUCUGGAAAAUGGAACGUCAAUGGAGUCCCGUGAAAACGCCGCCGCCACGCUUUUCAGCCUUUCCGUUAUCGACGACUGCAAGAUCACGAUCGGAAGUCGCCCCAAAGCAAUACCGGGAUUAGUUGGGCUUCUCAAACAGGGGAGCUCGAGGGGAAAGAGGGACGCCGCAACGGCGCUUUUUAAUCUUUCGCUGUAUAACGGAAAUAAGCCGCUGGUCGUGGCGGCGGGCGCUAUACCGAUUCUUGUUGAGCUUCUAACGGACGAACGGGCCGGUAUAACAGAUGAUGCACUUGCUGUUCUCUCCAUUUUGGCUGCUUCAGUGGAUGGUUUGCGAGCGCUCGGUCAUACGACCGCUAUACCAGUGCUUGUGGAGCUCCUUCGGCUGGGGUCACCUAAGGGAAAGGAGAACUCUAUUUCGGUGCUGUUGGCGCUUUGUAAGAGUGGUGGGGAGGAAAUGGUGAAUCAUUUGUUGAUGAUUUCUUCCAGUGUUGAGAGUCUCCAGAGCUUAGCUGCUUCCGGGUCCGUUCGUGCCAAGCGCAAAGCGACAUCUCUUCUUAAAAUCCUUAGUCAGUAUGAAAACAAGCUUACUGUUGUUAAUUUACACUGAGCCAUGCUCGAGAUUCUUGAAUGAAAUGUUAAAUGUUGUGAGUGAAUUGUUACAGUGAUUUUUUUCCCCUUUAUGUAUAGUUUCAUCCCUUGUAAACAGUCCGAGCUCUGUUGUUGAAUUUCACCGUAUAUUGAAAUUGCAUUCUGUGAACAUAACAGGAUUUAUUGUCUAUUGCUUGCCGAAUCUAGCCUGUUAAAUUCAUGUUGCUUGAAUUGUCAUGAUUGUGUUUGGUUUCUAAUUCGAUAUAAAAUUGUAAUUUAACUGGUUGAAUUCAAUUGUCCUGUUCUUUAGAUCA